GCCGCCGCCGCUGCUGCCGCCGCCGCCGGGUUUGCCUCAGCUAACCCGAGCAGGGGCCGGGCCUGUGAGGUGCCGCGAGCGCCCGGGUUGCGGAGGCGGACACUGAGGCCCGCGGGGUGUAGGAAUUGCGGGCGCGGGGCUCCCUGACGACAUGUCGCUAGUGGCGGAAGCCUUCGUCUCCCAGAUCGCAGCUGCAGAACCUUGGCCUGAAAAUGCUACAUUAUAUCAGCAACUGAAAGGGGAGCAAAUUUUGCUUUCUGACAAUGCAGCUUCUCUUGCUGUGCAGGCCUUUUUGCAAAUGUGUAAUCUGCCUAUUAAAGUGGUUUGUAGAGCAAAUGCAGAAUAUAUGUCUCCAUCUGGUAAAGUACCUUUUAUCCAUGUAGGAAAUCAAGUAGUAUCAGAACUUGGUCCAAUAGUCCAAUUUGUUAAAGCCAAGGGCCAUUCUCUUAGUGAUGGGCUGGAUGAAGUCCAAAAAGCAGAAAUGAAAGCCUACAUGGAAUUAGUCAACAAUAUGCUGUUGACUGCAGAGUUGUAUCUUCAGUGGUGUGAUGAAGCUACAGUUGGGGAGAUUACUCGUGCUAGGUAUGGAUCUCCUUAUCCUUGGCCUCUGAAUCAUAUUUUGGCCUAUCAGAAACAGUGGGAAGUCAAACGUAAGAUGAAAGCUAUUGGAUGGGGUAACAAGACUCUGGACCAGGCCUUAGAAGACGUAGAUCAGUGCUGCCAGGCGCUUUCCCAGAGACUGGGGACCCAACCGUAUUUCUUCAAUAAGCAGCCUACUGAGCUAGAUGCACUGGUAUUUGGGCAUUUGUAUACCAUUCUUACCACGCAGUUGACCAAUGACGAACUUUCUGAGAAGGUGAAAAACUACAGCAACCUCCUUGCUUUCUGUAGAAGAAUUGAACAGCACUAUUUUGAAGAUCGUGGUAAAGGCAGCUCAUCUGUCAGAUUGUCUUAGAGUUAUGUGUUAAUUUAGUUACUAAAAAAACUUUUGAAAUAUAUGUUUCUUGAAUGAUAAAUACUGGUAUCAGAAUCUUAAAACCAAAAACAUUGCUUUUGGAAACCUCAAAACGAAUUCUGUAAUGUAUCCUGAAUAUGUACUCUGUACUAUUAUUUGUGUAAACAUUAAAAUAAUUCUGUAUGAUUUCAUUUGAUAUGUUGUAUACUGUGUCUUGAAUUUUUGUUUUCUUAAAACAUGUAUGCAUAUAAAAAUAAAAUAAAGCUCUAAAAACUA